UUGUUUUUUUAAAUUGAAGUAAUGUUGCAGUGUAACAAUUGUUUUAGGUUUGCAUCAUUAAAAAUUGGCAGGUAUAUAUACUGUAUUAAGUUCAGCACUUUAACUCCAAUUUUGUCCUUCACUAUACAAUUGAUCCCUUAUACCAAAUUUACCCACACCCAGUUCCCCUUCCCUUCUGGUAAUUACUAAUUGGUCUUUUAGUCUUAAUGUUUGUUUUAUUUAAUUUAUUCAUUUUUUCUUCAUAUUUCAUAUAAGUAACAUCAUACAGUGUCUUUCUUCAUCUGGCUUCCCUUAGCAGGAUAACCUCUACGUCCAUCCAUGUUGUUGAACAUGGCAGGGUUGUUUUUAAUACUACUUGUAUUUUUGACAUAUCUGCUGUCUUGUUCUGGCUAAUGCCUCCAGAUGUUUUCUUUCGGCUGGGACUGAUGAACUGUUUUUCCAGGAAUGGAGGACUUUUGCUUUCCACAAUGGACACUACCUGGAGGGAUUCGUUUUCUUUCAGACUGGAACCCUGGAAAAUUUUCAUCUGAAACUGUAUCCCAACAUACAUAUGUUUGAUCUUCAUCACCAUGGAAAUGGUGGCAAAAAGUGAAAGGGGGGAAUUGUUAGGGGGAAUGCUGCACCCCCCCCUGCAGUGACCCUCAGGGCUAAUGGCUGUUGCCAUGGUCCCUGAGGUCCGGCGUGGGCAAGGAACCAUGCGCGCAGGGGGAGAACAGCAAACUCCCUAAGAUGCAGAGAAACUGAAUGCCUGCCAAGAAAUAAUGACCAUCAAAAGCGGCCACAAAGAUGAUUAAAAGAAAUGCUGACCACCUGGAACCUUAUCUCGCUUUCUCAAGGCCCACAAACUUUAUUCUGCUACAACUGUCUUUCUAAAAUCUUUCCUUUUUCUGGUCAUUGAUUGCUAAUUAAAAAACAUAUGUAAUUUAAUAAUUAGGCUAAUGCAAAUGAAACAUUACUAAACACUGUGCUAUAAUAGAAUUGUUAGUUUAAUAAUCUUUCUAUUAUGUGCUUAACUUUAGUACCUUUGAUAUUAACUGCAUUAUAAAAUAAAUUCACCCAUGACAAUUAAUUAUGAGUAAAAAUGAUAGUUAGUGCAACUAGAAAAUAAUUAUAUAGAACAGUAGAAAGAAUUUAUAGCCUGUCCAAUUAGGAAUGAGGCUAGGUCCAGAUGUAACUUCGGACAUAAAUCACUGCCCUGUCAAUUAAGCUAAGUCUAUGAGCAAACUGAUCUCUUUGAUGUUCACUGUUCCUAUGCCUUUAGAAAAACAUAUAUAUACUGACCACUAGCUUAAUAAAGACGCACUCAGAUUUUCACUCUCUUGAAGUGUGUCUGUGUGUCAUUUAUUCAUCGAAUCCCUGACCACCCUGCGCAAUCUCUCAACCCUGAGACGGCCUCAUCGUCCAUCGCUGUGCUCGUCUGCGGCAGGGGAAAGGAUGUCCUGAGAUAAUCUCAUACAGGCUUUGUGGACUCCACCCCCACUCCAGACUAAAGCCAUCAGGACAUUGGGAAAGACAAAUCCCAUCACCACCAAGGGGAGGGUGGCUGGGACCUGAGGGUGGAGUUGGGCAGCCAGGUUGGCUAUAAAAACCAAACACGUGGGCCUUGCUCUCUCUGUGGCUCGCUAUUGCUCGCCUCCUGGCUUCACUGCUCCUGGCUGGCGGCCAACUCUGAGAGCGCCAUUUUGGGAUUCCUGAUCGGCGGAUCGGACCAUCAUUGAAUGUCUGAAAUACAUUUGUACUGGAGAUUUCCCUCCUGGAACCAAAGGAAAUACAUUUGUUCAUGAUCCCAAGGUUGCUCAAGAAACAGAUGUUAGAGCCCAGAUUCGUCUACAGUUUCGUGAUGUCAAUGGAGAACUUAUAGCUGUACAGAGAUCUAUGGUGUGUACUCAGAAAAGCAAAAAGUUAGAAUUCCAUACCCUGGAAGGAGUCAUUACUAGAACAAGGCAUGGUGAAAAAGUCAGUCUCAGCUCUAAAUGUGCAGAAAUUGACCGGGAAAUGAUAAGUUCUCUAGGGGUUUCCAAGUCUGUGCUAAAUAAUGUCAUUUUCUGUCACCAAGAAGAUUCUAACUGGCCUUUAAGUGAAGGAAAAGCUUUGAAGCAAAAAUUUGAUGAGAUUUUUUCAGCAACAAGGUACAUUAAAGCCUUGGAAACACUUCGGCAGGUACGUCACACACAAGGUCAAAAAGUAAAAGAAUGCCAAACAGAACUAAAAUACCUGAAGCAAAAUAAGGAAAAGGCUUGUGAGAUUCGUACUCAGAUUACUAAUAAGGAAGCCCAGUUGACAUCUUCAAAGGAUAUUGUUAAAUCCUAUGAGAACGAACUUGAUCCUUUAAAGAAUCGUCUAAAGGAAAUCGAACAAAAUCUCUCUAAAAUAAUGAGACUUGACAAUGAAAUUCAAGCCUUAGAUAUCCGAAAGAAACAAAUGGAGAAAGAUAAUUGUGAACUGGAACAGAAAAUGGAAAAGGUUUUUCAAGGAACUGAUGACCAACUUAGUGAUUUAUAUCACAAUCAUCAGAGAACAGUACGGGAGAAAGAAAGGAGACUGGUCGACUGUCAGCGUGAACUGGAAAAAUUAAAUAAAGAAUCUAGACUUCUAAAUCAAGAAAAAUCAGAACUUCUUAUUGAACAGGGUCGUCUACAGCUACAAGCAGAUCGCCAUCAAGAACAUAUCCAAGCUAGAGAUUCAUUAAUUCAAUCUUUGGCAAUACAGCUAGAAUUGGAUGGCUUUGAGCAUGGGCCAUUUAGUGAAAGACAGAUUAAAAAUUUUCACAAACUUGUGAAAGAGAGGCAAGAAAAGGAAGCAGAAACUGCCAGCCAUCUGAUGGAUGACUUUGCAGAAAAAGAGACUCUGAAACAAAAACAGAUAGAUGAAAUAAGAGAUAAGAAAACUGGACUGGGAAGAAUAAUUGAGCUAAAAUCAGAGAUCCUAAGUAAAAAGCAGAAUGAACUGAAAAAUGUGAAGUCUGAAUUACAACAGUUGGAAGGAUCUUCAGACAGGAUUCUUGAACUGGACCAGGAGCUCACAAAAGCAGCACGUGAACUAAGCAAGGCUGAGGAAAACAGCAACAUCGAAACAUUAAAAACAGAAGUAACAAGCCUUCAAAAUGAGAAAGCAGAUCUAGACAGGGCCCUGCGUAAAUUGGACCAGGAGAUGGAGCAAUUAAACCAUCAUACGACAACACGUACCCAGAUGGAGAUGCUGACCAAAGACAAAGUUGACAAAGAUGAACAAAUCAGAAAAAUAAAGUCUAGACACAGCGAUGAAUUAACUUCUUUGUUAGGGUAUUUUCCCAACAAAAAACAGCUGGAAGACUGGCUUCAUAGUAAAUCAAAAGAAAUUAAUCAGACCAGAGACAGACUUGCCAAGUUGAACAAGGAACUAGCUUCAGCUGAACAAAAUAAAAAUCAUAUAAAUAAUGAGUUGAAAAGAAAAGAAGAGCAAUUGUCCAGUUAUGAAGACAAGCUAUUUGAUGUUUGUGGUAGUCAAGAUUUUGAAAGUGAUUUAGAUAGGCUUAAAGAAGAAAUUGAAAAAUCAUCAAAACAACGAGCCAUGCUGGCUGGAGCCACUGCAGUUUACUCCCAGUUUAUUACUCAGCUCACGGAUGAAGACCAAUCAUGUUGCCCUGUCUGUCAGAGAGUUUUUCAAACAGAAACAGAGUUACAAGAAGUCAUCAAUGAUUUGCAGUCUAAGCUACGACUUGCUCCAGAUAAACUCAAGUCAACAGAAUCAGACCUAAAGAAAAAAGAAAAACGACGUGAUGAAAUGCUGGGACUUGUGCCCAUGAGGCAAAGCAUAAUAGAAUUGAAGGAGAAGGAAAUACCAGAAUUAAGAAACAAACUGCAGAAUGUCAAUAGAGACAUACAGCGCCUGAAGAAUGACAUAGAAGAACAGGAAACACUGUUGGGUGCAGUAAUACCUGAGGAAGAAAGUGCUAAAGUGUGUCUAACCGAUAUUACAAUUAUGGAGAGGUUCCAGAUGGAGCUUAAAGAUGUUGAGAGAAAAAUUGCACAACAGGCAGCUAAGCUACAAGGACUAGACUUGGAUAGAACUGUUCAACAAGUUAACCAGGAAAAACAAGAAAAACAACACAAAUUAGAUACAGUUUCCAGUAAGAUUGAAUUGAAUCGUAAGCUUAUACAGGACCAGCAAGAACAGAUUCAACACCUAAAAAGUAUAACAAAUGAACUUAAAUCAGAGAAACUCCAGAUAUCCACUAACUUACAACGUCGUCAGCAAUUGGAGGAACAGACUGUGGAACUAUCCACUGAAGUUCAAUCUUUAUACAGAGAGAUAAAGGAUGCAAAAGAGCAAGUACACCCCUUGGAAACAACACUGGAAAAGUUCCAGCAGGAAAGAGAAGAAUUAAUCAACAAAAAAAAUGCCAGCAAUAAAAUAGCACAAGAUAAUAUAAAUGAUAUCAAAGAGAAGGUUAAAAACAUUCAUGGUUAUGUGAAACACAUUGAGAAUUAUAUUCAAGAUGGAAAAGAUGACUAUAAGAAGCAAAAAGAAACUGAACUUAAUAAAGUAAUAGCUCAACUAAGUGAAUGUGAGAAACAUAAAGAAAAGAUAAAUAAUGAAAUGGGAAUCAUGAAACAAGAUAUUGAUACACAAAAGAUACAAGAAAGAUGGCUACAGGAUAACCUUACUUUAAGAAAAAGAAAUGAGGAACUAAAAGAAGUUGAAGAAGAAAGAAAACGACGUCUGAAAGAAAUGGGUCAAAUGCAGGUUUUGCAAAUGAAAAGUGAACAUGAGAAGUUGGAAGAGAAAAUAGAUACUAUAAAAAGAAAUCACCAUGUGGCAAUAGGACGACAAAAAGGUUAUGAGGAAGAAAUCAUUCGUUUUAAGAAAGAACUUCGAGAACCUCAGUUUCGGGAUGCUGAGGAAAAGUAUAGAGAAAUGAUGAUUGUUAUGAGAACAACAGAACUUGUGAACAAAGAUCUGGACAUUUAUUAUAAGACGCUUGACCAAGCAAUCAUGAAAUUUCACAGUAUGAAAAUGGAAGAAAUCAAUAAAAUUAUUCGUGACCUUUGGAGAAAUACUUACCGUGGACAAGAUAUUGAAUACAUAGAAAUUCGGUCUGACGCUGAUGAAAAUGUAUCAGCUUCUGAUAAAAGGCGGAAUUACAACUACCGAGUGGUGAUGCUAAAGGGAGACACGGCCUUGGACAUGCGAGGACGGUGCAGUGCCGGGCAAAAGGUAUUGGCCUCACUCAUCAUUCGCCUGGCCCUGGCUGAAACGUUCUGCUUGAACUGCGGCAUCCUUGCCUUGGACGAACCGACAACGAAUCUUGACCGAGAAAACAUUGAAUCUCUUGCACAUGCUCUAGUUGAGAUAAUUAAAAGUCGCUCACAACAACGUAACUUCCAGCUUUUGAUAAUCACUCACGAUGAAGAUUUUGUGGAACUCCUAGGGCGUUCUGAAUACGUGGAGAAAUUCUACAGGAUUAAGAAGAACAUUGAUCAGUGCUCCGAGAUUGUGACAUGCAGUGUUAGCUCCCUAGGAUCUUAUGUUCAUUAAAAAAUGUUCAAGAUUUAAUUAUGUUUGUACCUGGCCCUCAGACGCCUGCUCAUUUCUGGUAUCAGCUGGUCACAUGGAAAAAUACAAUCUUUGAAAGGAGCUUUGUGUUUUAAGAUUUUAAAUCUCUGGGGCCUCCCUGGUGGCGCAGCGGUUGAGCGCUGGGUUGCCAUGCUGCCCGCAGCCUCUGCAGCGCCGGUUCCAUCCCCGGCUGCAUCCCGGCCACCGGAGGAGGGUCCCACAUGGCGCACAGACCUCUCCUGCCGCACCCGCCCUUCCUCAGCAGUGUACUUCGGUCCUUCUGCCUGUUCUGCUCCCCGCUCUGGCUCUGGUGAAUUCUCUCACCCUCUUGCGCUUCUGACUGUACCCAGUGCUUGUAUAA